AUGGAGGGGAUCUUUAGAACCGAUAGAGUUCCCAAUGAUCGGAAGGUUGACUUUGCCACCCAAUGUUUGGAGGGCGAAGCAGAGUAUUGGUGGGAAGGGACUAGACUCGCCCUGGGAGGCGAAGAUACGACAAUUUCUUGGGAAGAUUUUACAAAAGCCUUCAAUACUCAAUUCUUCCCGAGGUCAUUCCAAGCGAAGAUGAGGGAUGACUUCAUACACAUAUCUCAGAGUGACUCUACAGUGAUGGACUAUGCAGGCCGCUUCAACCAGUUAAGCAGGUUUGCGAAACAUUAUGUGGAUGAUGAAGAACUUAAAGCUGAACAUUUCCAAAGAGGCCUUCGGCUUAAUAUACGUUCUAAGCUUGCACCUCUUGAACUGGCCACAUACAAGGAUGUCUUGGAACGAGCGAUCAAGGUGGAACGGUACAAAUUAGAGCGUGACACACAGGGUGUUCAUCAACAAAAGAGGCCCAAGUUUACUGAGUUUCAAGGAAGUCGUGAGUGUGCUUCUUAUGCGGGAAAGCGGGACACAUACGGCGUGAUUGUCCUACACAGAGGAAUUCUACACCUGAUAAUAGAACAUGUCAUCUAUGUGGACAACGAGGACACCUAG